AAGCCCCACAACCAGCCGAGUCACACGCUCUGCCGGCGCUCACGUGGACACGCACCCGGCGACACGCACUUCCGCGUACGCACCUCAUCCACUCGCGUCCACGUGACGGCACACCACUCGGCCGGACCGCGCAGUCUCUUCAGUGACCACCGGAGCAGCAACACGUGGGCGAGUGCGCGUUUCAGCCGGAACACGAGUCGGACCCGCGAGUGACCAGUGCGAACGAUUUCCGGUGCGAGUGUUUGUGUGCUGCGAAUGCGAGCGGAGCCCGGAGCACGGGGCGAUACAGCGAGUGCGCCGGCGGCCCGGCGGCGACAUGGACUCGGGCGCACGCGGCUGACCACCGCUCUGUAGACCGCUGAGCUCACAGCCUGCCCGCCAUGUACCCCAACCAUCUGUACCGCCACCUGUGGAAGCGAGGCGGGAAGGAGUCACUGGAGGAGGAGCGCGCCGGGUCCGGAUCCGGGACCCGCAUGGCGGACGGCGGGGGCGGCGGAGGCGGCGGGUCUGCCGGGGGCGGCGCGGCGGCGGCUGCCGGCUCCGAGGAGGCGGCGGCGGCGGCGAGCUGGCGGCCCUACUACGAGCACCCCUUCUCGGCCGUCACGACCGCCAUGCUCAACAUCGGCGGAGCGUCCGCGGAAGACCAGGCCCAGACCAUGGGCUUCAUCUACGAGUACAAGCUGCCCGACAAGGACAAGCUCGACCUCUGGCCAACGACUUCGUCGUCGGGCGGAGGGGGCCCCCUGCUGACGUCACAGCUGAAGGCGGCCAACGGGCUAGCGGCCGGGGCGGGGCUAGAGCUUAUCGCUCCGCCUUCCGCGACGCUGGGCGGCGCUUCGCAGACGAUCGUGUCGGCGGCGGAGCUUCAGGGGCUGUUCCUCCAGCAGCAGCAGCAGCAACAACAGCAACAGCAGCAGCAGCAACAGCAGCAGCAACAGCAGCUGCACGUGAAGCGCGAGCCCGAGGACCUGAGCCACCACCGCAAGUCUCCGGCGGACAUCAAGCCGCAGCUGCAGCAACAGCAGCAGCAGCGCAGGCUGGUGGUGGUGUCGGCGAAUGGCGAGGUGGACGCGGGCGUGAAGCAGGAGGAGGCGCUGGCGGCGCGCUCGCGGACGCCGUCGUCGACGUCGUCGCUGCUGGCGGACGCGGCCGCCGCCGCCGCGGGGCCCAUCGAGCUGAUCGCGACGGCCGACGGCCUCAAGCCCAUGUCGGCGUACGCGUCGGCCGGCUCGCACAUGUUCCACAGCGGGUCGCCGUCGCCCAUCGCCUACUCGGACCCGUACACGACGGCGGCGGCCGUCACGUCGGCGCCCGCCAACGGCUACGUGACGACGCUGGCGGGCGCCGGCGCGGGCGUCGGGGUGCGCGCCGCCGCCGGCACCGCCUUCAGCGUCGCCGAGCCCUACUACCGCGACUAUUUCGAGCAGCAGCAGCAACAGCAGCAGCAGCAGGCGGGCUACUCGCGCCAGCAGACGCCGCACAGCGUGGUCGCCUACGGCGACAGCCCCGAGCCCGCCGGCGCCGCGUCCGUGUCGGCGUCGGCCGCGUCGUCCGGCGCCGCCUCCUUCGUCGAGAGGUACGUGCGGGGCGGCAGCUCGUACCACGCGACGGCCGCCGGCGCCAAGGCGGUGGUCGCCGCCGGGCUCACCGUAGACCUGCCCUCGCCGGACUCCGGCAUCGGCACCGACGCCAUCACGCCGCGCGACCAGGCCGCCAUCCAGCAGCAGCAGUUCGACUACACGGACCUGUGCCAGGCGGGCCCGCUGCUGGCUGACCCUUCGUCACUGGGUGCGCAGCGCGCGGGCUCCGCCACCUCCCCUGGACAGCCCGGCGGCGGCGCGGGCGCCCGCUCCAGGCCAUGGCACGACUUCGGCCGCCAGAGCGACGCCGACAAGAUUCAGAUACCCAAGAUAUUCUCCCCGUGCGGCUUCAAGUACCACCUGGAGACGCCGAUAUCGACGAGCCAGAGACGGGAGGACGACCGCAUAAGUUACAUCAACAAGGGCCAGUUCUACGGCAUCACGCUCGAGUACAUUCCGGACCCCGACAAGCCGCUCAAAAGUCAGACUGUUAAGAGCGUCGUGAUGCUGAUGUUCCGCGAGGAGAAGAGCCCCGAGGACGAGAUCAAGGCGUGGCAGUUCUGGCACAGCCGCCAACACAGCGUCAAGCAGCGCAUCCUCGACGCCGGUGAGUCGCAAGAUACGAAGAACAGCGUCGGCCUGGUGGGCUGUAUAGAAGAAGUGUCGCACAACGCCAUCGCCGUAUACUGGAACCCGCUGGAGAGUUCUGCAAAGAUCAACGUGGCGGUGCAGUGUCUCAGCACGGACUUCAGCAGUCAGAAGGGAGUUAAGGGACUGCCGCUACACCUCCAAAUAGAUACGUACGAAGACCCGAGAGAUGGACCCGUCAUCCACAGGGGAUACUGCCAAAUCAAAGUCUUCUGCGAUAAGGGAGCGGAAAGGAAGACGCGAGAUGAGGAGCGGCGGGCUGCCAAACGCAAGAUGACGGCAACCGGCCGCAAGAAGCUGGACGAGCUGUACCACCCACCCGCAGACCGUUCAGAGUUCUACAGCAUGAGCGACCUUGCCAAGCCACCGGUGCUCUUCACGCCUGCUGAAGACAUUGACAAGCUGGCCUCAAUCGAGUUGGGUGGCUUCUACAACCACGACACAGAUGGCUCAAGCCUGUCGAAUGGUGAGGCAGGUUCCCAGCACGGGCUUGGGAAGCAGAGCUCGCCCUUCCUCCUGCACCCGAGCAAACCGAGCACCACGCCGACUCUCAAGUUCCACAACCACUUCCCUCCGGAUGCACCUGGUGACAAGAAGGAUGUAAUGGAUGGAGGAAUGUCAACAGAUGGCAGUGUGUUCUCAAAUCCUCCUCUGAAGAGGCCCAAGCUGAUGGCAGGUCCACCACUCAAUGAAAGAGUCAUGUUGUAUGUGAGGCAGGACAAUGAAGAUGUCUACACACCACUACAUGUUGUCCCUCCUACCACCUCUGGUCUACUUAAUGCAAUUGAGAAUAAGUACAAAAUUUCUACUUCAAGCAUUAGUAACUUGUAUCGAAAAAACAAAAAAGGCAUUAUCGCCAAAAUUGAUGAUGAUAUGCUAAAAUAUUAUUGCAAUGAAGAUCUGUUUAUAAUGGAAAUAAAGCAAGUGGAUGGUGAUGAUUGCUUUGAAGUAACACUUGUGGAACUCAUGGAUCACUGAUCCUCAUCAGCAAAAAAAUUCUUGAUGAAUUUUGCGCAUCAGUCAGCUUCAUAUGGACACUAUGAUGACAAAAGUGCAUUUAGCUGAACUGUAGUUACUGUUAUUCGUGGUGAAACAACAUUAUAUCUUGUGUAAUUCACAAUGGAAAACAGGAAGUGAGUGACUUGUCUCAUGCAAAAACAACAGUGAAAUUUAUUUAUUUUAAUUUCAGUACCUUUCCCUUGAGUGAGGAUUAUGAUAAACUGAGUAGACAAAUAAAUGAGCUCAGAGAAGACAGUGCAUUUCAUUGUGGGACUUAAGUGCUCAACACAACUGUGUUAUCUGUGAGUGGACUUCAAAACUUGUAAGCAUUUUACAAGCAGGAGCAAUCAUCAGAGAGUCACAAAUACUUGUACAGUAUGUUUGUGAUUCUAGUUUAUGAAGUGUUAAUAAAUGAAAAUCUGAGAUCUAAGCAAAUUGAUGUAAUUCACAUUAACAUCAGAAUCUAGAUAUACUAAUAUUGUUGUAAGAGUGUUUAUAAUGAAUGACCUGUUUCAGGGUUUGUUGAUCUCAAACACUACAAAAUUUUUUAAAAAUAUGUUAAUAAAAUUACACAAUUAAUUGCUUAAUCUGAAACUAUGAGUACAAGAAACAUUUUAUAUCCAAAAAAUAAACUGAACUCUCCUUUCAGUAAAAUAAAAAUAAAACAGUUGUUGCCAUAUUGGUUCAUAAAUUUCACUUUCAUUUCUCUUUUUGACCUUAAUUCAUAAAUGAAUACUGUGAAAAAAUUGUGAUAGUAUAUGCUAUGCAAAUAGAAAUGAGAAUAUAUUGAUAUCUCCUUAGCUGUAUGAUUUAGCAAUUAAAAGAAACACAUAACUUGAAUUAUAUUCUGCAUGUGUUACAGACUAACAACAUUGUCUUCCAUUGUAAUUUUAUUAUAAAGUUUAUCAUCUUGUUAAAUGUUAUCUGUGGAUAAUUUUAAUUAAAUAUUAUAACUACUGUACAGUGAGUGUUAAAGUUCAGCUUUGCUAAUUUAUAAUACUCCCUUUAAAUUACAUGGGAAAAGCAGAAACUACUCUUCUAAUUUUGUUGUAUCAGUGAACUAUUUUUUGAUAAUUCUUGACAAAUAGAUUUUGUCAUGAAUUAUUAACAAAUUGAUUCUUCUAGGUAACACAAAGUCAAGAACAGACUGUUGGUAAUGUGACCAAUGAACUAGUUUAUAACUGAAACAUACGUAAUUGUAAUCAGACAGUAAAUAUCAUUUACAAACACAAUGUUUUCCGAGUUUGAGAGAAUGAGCAGUGGUAAAAAUUUUGCACAAAAAUAACAAUUUUGUGGUUAUUUACUGUCAAAUUGUACACUAUAACAUGCAGAAUAAAAUAUUUCAGCUUAAGGUUCAAUCCUUAACAGGUCAUGUGAAUCGUGUCUGUUGCAUGUGUCGCCAUAGUUCAUAAUUAAUGAUGAAAAACAGUUUAAUAAUUACUUAAAAUAGCCAGAAUCAAAACUAAAAAUUAAAACUUUUAUAUUAUUAUGCAGAACAUGUGUAAAACAAAAGCUUUAAAAGUUAUAGCAGCAUUAGUUUUUUUUUCAGCUAUUUCAUGUCACUUAAUAAUAUAUUUGUCUUGCUUUGCCACUUUUCAUACAGAUAAUUAUAAAUUUUACAUGUUGACCAUCAGUAUUCCUUUUAAUACACAUGAUAGGGUAGCUAAAUGAAAAAAAUGGCUUAAAUAACAUUCAUGCAAAUUUUACCAUCUCCCAAAUUCAGAAGAGAGUCUUUUUUUAAUAGUUACUGCCAAUAUUUAAACCUUAGAAUCAUUACCUGCAAUUUAAGUUUUUAUUUUAAUGAGGUAUUAAUUUAUAUUAGCAAUUCUGUAGCCAUAUUUGAGUCUUGUAAGGCAGAUUUUACAUUUAAUGUAAAUUUCUACAUUCUGUUACAAGUUAGGCAUAUUCAGAACACAAUCUGUUGUAAAUAUUUCUUUUUCCUUUAAAACUAUGAUUCAAGGAUAAGUAAAUGAAGUGCCAUUAUGAUUUGGUGUUAAGUCAAGACUGUGCAAUGCACAAAAGUGCAAGGACAUGAUGGUUGUUAGCUGCCAAGCAGCAGGUUUCACUGUCCAUCCAUAUUAUUCUGAACAUGUACAAAUUUUAUAAUCAGAUUUGACUAAUACAUAUUUUAUGUUGUAGCUGUCAUUUAGGCACAGUUUCAAAGAAAAUCAUUUUGCAUAAUUCACAUCAAAUUGUAAAUCACUUCCAGUUGUUUUCACACAAUACAUGACCCCCAUACCCAUAAAUAUUUUUGUACUGAAAUGUGAUAGCAAAGUAAAAGUGAGGACUGUGUGCUGUGACUUUUUAGAUGUUUUUAUGUAUAUGUGACCAAGUUGUACAUGUUGUCAAAUGUCUUUUUUAUAUAUAUUCAGUUAUAUUAAAGUAAGCUUAAUGAAACCUGUGCUUUCUACAUUUACAUAAUGUGUUCUAGAGUAAGGAACUUAUUAUUUAGUUUCAGAUAAGAGAAUCAAAUAUUAGAGCCAUUCAGUAUGGCUCACUGUGUAUGAAAUGUAAUUACUUGUUAUGGUAUUGAGGAACACUUUGGUUGCUUUUUUAUUGAUAGUUGCUUUUGUACCAGAUAAAGGUGCAAAAUAAAGACUUUUU